UUACUACUUAUCUCUGUUGUGCGAGAUGAAAAAUAAUAUUAAAUAAUAAUUAAUAAUAAUACAACUAUUGAACAAACUAAUUAGACGAUUAGCGUACAGUGUAUUAUGUGUUUCGUUUUAAUUUGAUAAUAAUGUGUACGUUGUGAAACUUGUUUUACUCGAUUAAAUAGCAAACAUUAUAUAAUAAUGUUUACCGUGCUUGACAUUCGACUAUUCAAGUACAACUACAACCGUUCUAGACCGUAGCAAAAAAACUGAAGAAGACUUAUUGAAAUCAGCUACCUACGUGCAAGUGUUUGAAAGAUUUAUAAGGUUCAAAAUGAGUUCUCUCACCAGAGAUAACUCUCGUCGUCGAAUCGCAGCGUUAUCCUUUUUAACUAAUAUUUCUCUUGACGGCACGCACAAAGACACGAAUAAGUCACUUUUUAUGACUAACGAUUAUAAUUUUCGUGAUUCUCAAGAACAAUUUGAUACGUUUCCCGACAUGGAUACAAAUGAAGAUGAUACUUUUAGCGAAAGUGAUAUAAUAGUGGAACGUGUAGAUACAGAUUUUCCCACCACUAUAAAAUUAAAGAAGACUCAAUCUUUGACUUCUACUCCAAUGAAAUCAAAUUCAAAUGAUAAACAAGACAAGUUUUUCGAUAUGGACACCGAUCGGUUCUCUUCCAGACCAUUUCGAGACAGAGUUAAUACAACUGGAAGUGACAAUACUUUGGAGCAUAAACGAUUGGCAGCCUACUGCCGUAAAUUGCUUCCCCAUAAUCUAGUCUCUGAAGAUAAAUGCAACAAUAACUUCAGCAGUUCUGAAAGCCUCGGCUUAGGCUUAUUCAAAAAUAAUACAAUGUUGCAAGAAAACAAUAAAUCAUCAAAUCAAUCGUUAGAUAUUAGAGUGAUUCGUCCUACAUUAUUGCAUAAAUUUAAAAACGAACGUUUGGUGUUAGUCACUCCACAAAAAACUCCUUUUCUCGUUUACUCACUCAUACCGUUUAAAAGCGAGCGUUGUGAACAGAAGAAAGAACCUCCUCGUAAAAGGCAAACAUCGGGAACAAGACCUUUGUCGGCUGUCAAUGAUAUCAUUGAUGCAUUCGAUCUGUUUGGAUUGGAAAAAGGAAAAGAUGGACAGGAAGUAUCUUACAGUCACUUAUUAUUGCAGUCUCGAAAUGCAGAGCACAAGUGUCCAAUUGAGGAUUUCGUAGAUCCGGUACAAGUUAAGCAACAUAGCUUGAACAGAUGCAUUUCAGCCGACGUUCCUGACAACAAUAUAAUUGGCAGUGGCACAUUUAAAAUGUGUACAGUCCAAGUUCCAUCGUCAUCUCCAAAAAGUGAUUCAACUAAAGCUGCUUCCGAACAAGAAGAAAGCAUAUACUCUCCGAACAUGCUUGACGAUCCGGAAUUUUUUGCCGGAAAACAUCGCACACUUUUGACUUUCAUGUCUUACAUGACAUCUAUUAUUGAUUACGUAAGACCCGCAGAUCUGAAAAAAGAAUUGAACGAUAAAUUCCAAGAUAAAUUUCCCCACAUCAAUUUGACCUUAAGUAAACUGAGAAGUAUAAAACGUGAAAUGCGUAAAAUUACCAAGCCGGACGUUGCAUCGGAUUUGCUAACGAUAGCUCAGGCGUACGUGUUCUUUGAACGGCUAUUGGUAAAGAGACUAAUUAACAAAGAAAACCGAAAACUUUGUGCCGGAGCGUGUAUCAUCUUGUCGGCAAAGUUAAACGACAUGAAAGGAGAAUUACUGACUAAUUUAAUUGAGAGAACAGAAUUAGUGUUUCGCUUGAACCGAAAAGAUCUGAUGGUCUCGGAGUUUGGCGUACUGGUGGCUCUGGAAUUUGGCUUGCACAUACCAAUUCAAGAAAUAAUGCCUCACUAUCAACGCUUAUUAUCGGAGUCUUGACAUCAACACAUUAUCCCUGAAGUUUUUAACUUCACGGACAUACCUCCUCUAGAGUAUAUAAGUCAAAUAUAAAAUAGCUUCGCUUUAUGCUAGUCCACUAUUAACGUAUAGUUACCAUGCGAGUAUGGUUUUUUUAUAAUAUCCUUUUGAAAUGGUCAAUGGUUAUUAAACUAAUGAAUUGGUUAGGUUUUCAAGUUUGUGUGUAGUUUUUUGUUAGUGUUUGAGCUUAUUUAAAUUACCAUACAUUUGUUGACAAGUAAAAAUUAAAUAUUGUAUGUCCCAACUUUUUAUUGUAAAAAAGUCUUUAAAAAUAAUUUUUUUUUAAAUUUUUUAAUUAUUAUUAGAGUACAAAAAAGAUAUUUACCUUUUUUUAUUAUAGACUGAUAUUUCAUAUUUUUAAAUAUUUAUGUUUGAUGAAAUUGUUUUUACUUUUUCAAAAAUGUCAUUUUAAGAAUUAUAUCAAUUACUAGACUUCUGCAAGUAUAAAGCAAUUAGCGUUUAUAUUCCACUGACAAUUCGUCACUUACAUUAUCGAUAGAACAGAUUAAUAUUAUGAU